GUCAUCACGGAUCCUCCGACCUGCACAAUCAAAGCGCUUCGCCUGCAUUUACUCUCAAUAGAGCCGCUGCAAAACACCAGCAAACGCCAUUUUCAAUGAAAAGACAUGGAUCGGCCGGACAGCGACUUCUGCAGCCCUGAAAACCCUCUGAUCAGCGAGAUGAAGCAUUUCUGCAAGAGAAUACAAGAAGCCUGCAACGAGCUGAAGGAGGACCUGACGCCCUACAGGAACGAGCGCUUCUACAGGUUGGCCCCCAUGCGUCUCUACACUCUCUCUAAGAGACACUUCGUCCUGGUGUUUGUGGUGUUCUUCUUCUGCUUCGGCGUGUCCACGCUCAUCGGUGUGUCAGGACCGAAGAUCAUAACUGAGAAUUAUUACAACGGUUUAAGCGCCAACGUCAAUGCAUCAAAGACCGGCCCGUUCGACCUCAAAUCUCAACCGCUGACCAACUACAACCAGCAGCUCUGGCUCACAUGCAUCAUUCAGCUGAACACCAACAAUGUAGAUUUGAGUUGGAGGGAGUUCGGGAUGAACGUGGAGCUGCAGGGCGUGACGAAUGACGCCAGUGUGAUGCGCAUCAGCGACAACGUGCACAACAAGAACAGAAGCCUCCAGUGCGCCGCGCAUCAGCAGGCGUGUGAUGAGAUUAUCGUGUUGCAUCUGGGUUACCUGAACUACACUCAGUACAAGAUCAACGUCAGCUUCAGGAACCUCCAGCAAGACCUGAAGGACAAUAUCAAAAAUGUCACUUUUGUAUUUAAGAUGUACAACGCCACGUUCUCUCAGGUGGAGAUUUGGUUCCGGUUUGUGUUUGUUGUGAUGACCUUCAUCGUGACUUGCAUGUUUGCGCACUCGCUGAGGAAGUUCUCCAUGAGGGACUGGGGGAUCGAGCAGAAGUGGAUGUCGAUUCUCCUUCCUCUGCUGCUGCUCUACAACGAUCCCUUCUUCCCGCUGUCGUUCCUGGUGAACAGCUGGUUUCCGGGAACACUGGACGCUUUCUUCCAGUCUCUGUUCCUGUGUGCGCUUCUGCUGUUCUGGCUGUGUGUGUAUCACGGCAUCCGAGUGCAGGGCGAGAGGAAGUUCUUGACGUUUUACCUGCCCAAGUUGAUCAUCGUUGGGCUGUUGUGGUUAUCGGCCGUCACGCUGGGAAUCUGGCAAACGGUGAAUGAGCUGCAGGAUCCCACGUAUCAGUACAAAGUGGACAUCCAGAACUUCCAGGGCAUGAAGAUCUUCUUCCUGCUGGUGGUGUGUGUGUACGUUCUGUACCUGGUGUUUCUGGUGGUGCGCGCCUGCUCUGAGCUGAAGAACAUGCCGUACACAGAUCUGCGGCUGAAGUUCCUGACGGCGCUGACGUUGGUGGUGCUGGUGAUCAGUGUGGUUAUACUGUACCUGAGAUUCGGAUCCAAGGCCUUGCAAGACAACUUUGUUGCCGAACUUUCCACCCACUACCAGAAUUCAGCCGAAUUCCUUUCCUUCUACGGCCUCCUGAACUUUUAUCUCUACACACUAGCGUUUGUCUACUCGCCCUCCAAAAACGCUCUUUACGAUUCCCAACUGAAAGACAAUCCUGCGUUCUCCAUGCUCAAUGACUCGGAUGAUGAAGUCAUUUACGGGAGUGAUUAUGAAGAAAUGCCUCUUCAAAAUGGCCGCGCCAUCAAAGCCACCGCCAAAUACCAGGAUGAGAGCGAAACCGACUGAAUCCGGCCUGACUCCGGAUCGCUCCUGUAUAUCUGAGGGAUGUAUAUAGACUUGUUGUUGAAAUGACACCAGUCUCAUUAUAUACUGUGUAAAUAUACAGGCCUAUAUAUUUUUAAAGGUAAAGUGAUUUUUGAAUGUAACUCCAGUGGAAGAAGCAGCUCCAGCCGCCCUGAUGAUGAUGAUGAUGAUGAAGAUGAUGAUGAUGAAGAAACCCGUCUGUCUUUAACCUCAGUGAGUGUCAGUGAAAGGCAGCGUGCAAAUAUCAAUUAUACAUCUGAUCUAAAUACUGUUCAACCACUAUAUUCAGGGUGACUUACAUGAAAAAAUGGCCAGAUUAUAUUUCACCUCUAAACUAA